CUUUGGCCCAGAGGACCCCGCAGGCCUUGAGAUUAGCGGAUCCGGCCGGGCCCCAGCAGACCAUGCCCGGCUUCCCAACAACUGGGCGCAACGGCCUCCAGUCUCCGCCUUGGGGCCUUGCGCGCUGACCCCGUCGUGGCCAUCCUAAGCCUCGGACCCCCGAGCCCAUGGCCCAGGCGAGCGCGCUGGGACUCAGCCCUGCCUCCCAGGCGCUGCAGCCCGCACAGCCCCAGGCCCCGGGGGCGCACGCUUUGGCGUCCUCCUCUCCUUUUUCCUCCUCCGUGGAGGUGCCCCUGGACGGUAGGGCCAGCCUGAGCGCGCCCCCGCCCCCAGCCCCUCCUCUUCCUCCCGCCUCCCCCUCCUCCCCUGCGCCCCCUCCCCCAGCUCCUCCUGCCCUCUCGGGCGGCUGCACCGCCACCAACAGUGGCGGCGGCGGCGACAGCGGCAAAGGCCACAGCAGGGACGUCGUCCUCCGGAGGGACCUCGCCGCCACGGCCCCCGCCGAGGCCAUGCACGGGGUGCCGCCCGCCGGGGAGCAGCGGCCGGACCCCGGCUCCCCGCAGCCGCCGGCCCCGCCUCCCCACCCGGCCGGCCUGGGCAUGGGCAUGGGCAUGUUCAUCUCGGCCAGCGGCACCUACGCGGGCCCGGACGGCGACGCGGGGGGCCCCGCGCUCUUCCCGGCCACGCUGCACGACGCGGCCGGAGCCCCCGGCCCGCACCCGCAGCCCCCCAUGAACGGCCAGAUGCGCCUGGGACUCGCGGCGGCUGCGGUGGCCGCGGCGGCCGAGCUGUACGGCCGCUCCGAGCCGCCCUUCGCGCCGCGCUCCGGGGACGCGCACUUCGGGGCGGUGGCCGCGGCCCUGCACGGCUACGGGGCGGUGAACUUAAACCUGAACCUGGCAGCGGCGGCUGCUGCGGCUGCGGCGGCGGCAGCGGCAGCGGCAGGGCCGCCGGGACCUCACCUGCAGCAGCAGCACCACGCGCCGUCGUCCCCGGCCCCGCACCAUCCCCGCCUCCCGGGGGCGGCCGCGGCCUUCCUGCGUUACAUGCGGCAGCCAAUCAAGCAGGAGCUGAUCUGCAAGUGGAUCGACGACCCCUACGGGCCGGCCCGGCUGUCCCCGCCGCCGCCGCCGCCUCCGGGGCCGUGCCAACCCUGCUCCAAGACUUUCGCCACCAUGCACGAGCUCGUGACGCACGUCACGGUGGAGCACGUGGGCGGCCCCGAGCAGAGCACCCACGUCUGCUUCUGGGAGGACUGUCCGCGCCAGGGCAAGCCCUUCAAGGCCAAGUACAAGCUCAUCAACCACAUCCGCGUGCACACGGGCGAGAAGCCCUUCCCCUGCCCUUUCCCCGGCUGCGGCAAGGUCUUCGCGCGCUCCGAGAACCUCAAGAUCCAUAAGCGCACUCAUACAGGGGAAAAACCUUUCAAAUGUGAAUUUGAUGGCUGUGACAGGAAAUUCGCCAAUAGCAGCGACCGAAAGAAACAUUCCCACGUGCAUACCAGCGACAAGCCUUACUACUGCAAGAUCCGAGGCUGUGACAAGUCCUAUACACAUCCCAGCUCGCUGCGCAAGCACAUGAAAGUGCAUUGCAAGUCGCCACCACCUUCUCCAGGAGCCCUGGGCUACCCUGUGGUGGGCACACCCAUGGGGGCACCCCUUUCUCCAGGUCUGGACCCCACCAGGAGUCACUCCAGCACGCUGUCCCCUCAGGUGACCAACCUCAACGAGUGGUACGUUUGCCAGGCCAGUGGGGCCCACAGCCACCUCUACCCACCGUCAAGCGGUGGAACCACGUCUGAGUCUGAAGAUGAUGAGAUGUACGAAAACCCAGCUGAAGUGGUCCGGACAGUCCAUUAGAAUUUCUGGGUAAAGUGAUGUUCGGGACACAGACAAGUGCUUGGAACUCUCCUGACCCAAGACAAUGCUCUCAUGAACCCUAUUUAUUCAAUAUGAAACCCUAUGGUGUUUGUACAUUUUAAUUAAUUUAAUGAAGAGAUUUGGGCUCUUUUUAUUAUUAUUAUUAUUGUUGUUGUUCUUAGCCAAGAAAUGUAAAACACCCAAUAAAAGCUGGACUUUCGAGGUGGGGGACAGGCAUUGUGUUAAGGAAAAAGAAUGAAAAGAGGAUUUGUUUCUGAAGACCAGCACUGUCUGCUUCUUAAGGUGAAGCCCUGCACCAGGCCAGCCCCUUCCCUGAGUUUCCUGCACUGCCUCCAAGGCCUGUGCCACAGGAUCAGUCUGCCCCAGAGCCACCUCAACUCCUCCUGGGACCCUGGUUCUGCAAAGGCCUCUUGAUUGUAAACCACACACUUGCUGCAUUCAUCGUCAACAGAUCUGGGACUGGACCCAUGUCCGAAUGUGUUUCUAAAGCCCUUUCCGUUCAGAUACUUGCAAUGUUAUAAAUUUCCACUCUUUUAUUACCAAUCUUCCCCUCCGCAUAACACUAUUUUUAUACAGGAUGAUUUCUUCAGUGCCCUGCUUAGAUUAUGAAAAGAAAAAAGAUUUUGUCAGCUACCUUGGUCCAUCUCCAGGCGGGGUGCUACUGAGAUUGUUGGGAAAGAGGUGGAGAAGGACGAGAAAAGUCCUUGCAAAAGACAUUGACAUUUCUAACAUGGAAGACCCCCUCCACCUGGCUUUAUUCUUCUAGCCAUUGUUUGUGGGGGUUUUUGGUUUUGCUUUUUUUUUUUCAGCCGUUUUUUAAAUUUUAAUCUGAAUUCCCAGGUGCCGGCUCUUUCACUGUGUUCAAAUUUCUUGUGUAAUAAGAGAUUAUAUUUUAGAUCCUAAAUUCUUGGGGUUGCCAAAACCAACAGGCCCAUCCAAGGGAGUGAUGAGAUGUUGGCCUUUUGCCUGUUCUC